AUGCCUCGUCCAUAUCUCACCGUUGACACGAUCCGCCACGAGAUCGAAGAGAUCAACCCCCAGCGCUACGGCUCCCUCGACACUGUCACCAGCGGCGUCUGGAGCGGCAUUCUAGCCCUACAAUUCCCCAUUGUGCAGGGUUACCUGAGCCGCCCACAGCAGCACCAAUGGGUCUCCGAGCAAGGCUUCUGGACAGACAUCCUAGUCCAGCACACAGUGGACAAUCGACCCCGCGUCUUCUUCGUGGUCAUGAUCCGCACCGGCUGGUCACCGAGCCUAGAAGUGACCCCUGGUCAACUGGAAGACUGGACCCGACACCUGAGUGAGUACCUCGACAUGACAUACGGGCUUCGCUGGCGGCCGAAUUUGGCCCGCGUUUACGGAGCGAUGGUGGUUGGACGCGGAGUACGCUUCUUCACGUACGACAUCGGCGAGAUGGAGCCUAUGUUGCUAGAUUAUCAGCAUUACCAUGUGAACUACCCGUUCUUCGACCUUGUGCGGGAUGCGGAGCAUGUGCAGAUCGUGCUUGAUGAGAUCCGACGACGACACUAG